UAAUAGUUCCGAUCGGCACUUGAACAUUUUUAAUUCUAGCUUCAAUCGAGCACGAGGUAGUAUAAGAACACCAACACAUCCUAAACAGAGACAGAGGCAACACAGAGUUUUAAGAGAAUUGGCUCCAUUUCCAUCAAACAGUGAAAACAAACCAGUGACGGUCUGAGAACCAUGACGGCCAUCAACGCACCCCGGGACAAGUACAAUGCCGUAUGGAUUAUUUUCUUCAUCCUGGGCCUGGGAAGUCUCUUACCAUGGAAUUUCUUCAUGACAGCGACAAUGUACUUCACAAGCAGACUGAAAGACGCCUCGUUGAACUCCACAGCGUUCAACACAACUGUGGGAGAAACUCGCAAUGUGCUGGAGUCAAAGUUCAACAACGUCAUGACGCUCUGUGCCAUGGUGCCUCUGCUCAUCUUCACCUGCCUCAACUCCUUCAUUCAUCAGAGGAUUCCUCAGAAGCUGCGUAUCUCGGGCAGCUUGACCGUCAUCCUGCUGGUUUUCAUGCUGACGGCGGUGUUUGUCAAAGUGGACAUGCAGCCUCUGCCCUUCUUUGUCCUCACAAUGAUCAAAAUUGUCUGCAUCAACUCAUUUGGGGCGAUUUUUCAGAGCAGUCUGUUCGGGCUGGCAGGAAUCCUCCCCGCCUCCUACACCACACCCAUCAUGAGCGGGCAGGGUCUGGCUGGCACCUUCGCUGCUUUCUCCAUGAUCUGCGCGCUGGCCACUGGAUCAAGACUGCAGGACAGUGCUUUUGGUUACUUCAUCACAGCCUGUGUUGUCAUUUUUCUGGCCAUAAUGUCUUACUUCACUCUGCCCAAGAUGGAGUUCUUCCAGUACUACAUGGAGAGUAAUGGCUCCAGACCAUGUGCUGAUGAAGAAAACAAGAUGGACUUAAUCAAAAAAGAAAACCCAACAGAAGAGAAGCGACCGGACAUGAGUCUCAUGGAGGAGGACAGCAGACCUGUUGUUUCUGUGUUUAACAUCUUCAAACAGAUCUGGGUGAUGGCUCUGUCUGUGUGCUUCAUCUUCUUCGUCACCAUCGGAGCCUUCCCAUCUGUGACCGCCGAAGUCAAGACGACAGUCACAAACGAAGGCAGCUGGGAAACCUACUUCAUCCCCGUGUCGUGUUUUCUGCUCUUCAAUGUGAUGGACUGGGCUGGCAGGAGCCUGACGGCCUUCUGCAUGUGGCCGGGUAAAGACAGUAUCUGGCUUCCUGUGCUGGUGGGCCUGCGGGUCGUCUUCAUCCCGCUCUUCAUGCUCUGCAAUGUCACGCCUCGUCAUUACCUCCCCGUUCUGUUUUAUCACGACGCCUGGUACAUCAUCUUCAUCAUCAUCUUCUCCUUCUCCAACGGAUACCUGGCCAGCCUCUGCAUGUGCUUCGGACCAAAGAAGGUGCCGCAGCAUCAGGCAGAGACAGCGGGCGCCAUCAUGGCCUUCUUCUUGUCCCUCGGCUUGGCACUGGGUGCUGCCAUCUCCUUUGCUGUCCGGGCCAUGAUCUAAAAUCUCCAGAAGAAUCUUUCAUAAAUGUCUGGAGACCACCUCAUCUUCAUCAAUUCCUCCGUCAUGAGCUCAGCCGGUAUGGAGUGGGGUGUAAACUGGACGGCUAGAGAACAAAUCCACAAGUUUUAAGAAAGACUCGAUAAUCCAAUGGGAGCUAUAACAUAUAUAUAUAUUUUUUUUUUCCCCCUCAGUCGCACAAUGUAUUGUGCUUUUACCUGUUUUAGAGGGUUUUAUUUUAAUCUAGCACUGAUCAAAGUAAUUUAAAGCCAAAAGUGUUUUAAAAAGUAUUUAUGAAGGACUCUUAAAGGAGCAUCUAGACAUGUAAUGAUUCCAGCAAUAUUCCUGAAGACUGCACGUAGAUCCCCCAAGGUCUGAAACAAAAGGCUAUUUUGCAAAGCAAUAAAGCUUUUAUGUUUUUAAAAAAUGUCCCUAAAACUUUUAGAAAUAAUGCUCUUUGGUGGGAUGUAAAGUGUAUAAAAUACAUGAAAUUGUCACAUUUCAGUGGACUGUUGCAGCUUUUAACUUUGAUUUAAACCAAAAAAAACCAACAACGCAAAGACAACAUGGGAAAAGAUGAACUCUGAGGGAUUUCAGCUGAACCACUUCGCUCUGUCACUGCAGCGUUUUAAAAUCCUAAUCCGUAGCUGAUAGAUAAUUUGACGUUUUCGUGUUUAGUUCUAGACAAAGUCGUUACCAGUCUGCCUCUUACAUCACUUUGACUUGAAUAGAAACAUUUUCUCUUUAGAUUUUCAGCCCGUGUUGUUUAGUUUUUGUACUGUUACAAAAUAAAUUGUGUAUUUUUGAAACUUUAAUAUGCAAAACAUGCAGCUGCCAUUGAGGUCAAAACAAAUGUGACAAUAUUUGGGAGACUUUUUCUUAUUAUUUCAGGAAGUGCGUGCCUUUUUAUGCUUGUUCUCGUUAAGAGUUAGGUUUUGUACAAGCAAUAGUUUUUACUGUGUUGAGCCUGAAGUUGCAUCAGUAUUUUGUUUGCUUUUUAUGGCAAUUGCUGCUUUUAAAAAAAAAAAAAAAUUGCUUUAGUUAUUGUCAGUAUUCAUUAGAAGAGCUGUUUACAUCUUAACCAACUGCUUUUUUUAAAGCACAGUGUUGGUUUUCAUUUUUAUUUUUAAAUAUCUGGGU